AUGAGCGCUUCGACCACCACCGACAAAAGCGAGAUUGAAUGCGACGACGACGAAAAGGAGACGCGCGUAGGAGUAAUUACUCCUUUCCGGGACCCACCGGAGGAGUGCGCUCGUUUCGUGAGACUCGUGGACAAGGUUUCGGUAAAAUCGUUUUCAUGCCGACUGUUUAUCAACAAAUUAAAAACGGAUAAAGGGAAGAAGAAGAAGACAAAGAUGAAGGUAAUAAACGAAGACGAUGAUGACGAUGAGAAUAUUCAUUCGAACGAAAACGAAGACGACAAAGUCUACCUGGGAUACUCGAAGUGCGGGAAAAGAAUAACAACAACAGAUGAAAUGAACCCGGUCGUGUGCUCCAAAUGCUACGAAAAUCUCUUUUGCACUUACUUGAACGAAUACGAACAGAGAGAGUUCAAGACGGUUGUAUUAUGCAGCGGAGAAGAGAGGCUUUUAAAGUACACGGACGAGGUGGCGAAAAUAAUACGCGAACGCGAAAACACGGAAGAACGAGAAUCGAUGGCACAAAUGGCAAAGGAGAAACGAAUCGAGGAAGAAAAAAAACGAAUCGAAGAGGAAGAAGAGUUAAGACGAAAAGAGGAAGAGGAAGAGAAGUUAGAGAGAGAACGCGCGAGGUUAAUCGCGAGGAAGUUGGAAGAGAAGGAGAAAUUUUUCUCGAGAAGAGAACAGAGAGAGUUUACGAAUAAAGAACUGUUGGAGAUUGUAAACAACACGGAGGAAGGGAAACGGAUUUUGGACAGAGAAAAAGAAAGACUGGAGCUCGAAAUAGCCAAGGUGGAGAGUAGCGCGGACAUCGAGACGCUCGCCGACGUGGUAAACGCCGAGUCGACGAGAACGAUAUUCAUGCGCGUCGACGCGUUUACGAAUUUGAAAGAUGCGGAACUCAUGGAAGGAGUGAGUGUGACGCUGUCGCUCGCGAGUAAAGAAGGUGAUGUUAUUGAGAGAUGGAAUUGUCUCGACGUUCGAAACGACGCCGUGAGUGAAGAGGUGCGAGAAGGAGUUCAGCGCAAGUUGAGCGGCACUUCGAAUAUUUAUUACACCUCCGGCGCGGAGUGCUGCUUUCAAACGACAGUUGGACACAUCCCCGAAAAUUCAGCCUUUAUUCUCGAGCUGAAGCACUUUAAAAAAGCGAAAAACAAGACGAGCUUAAAAUGUUGGUCCUACGUCGCGACCGCGUCCGUGCUUUCCGGAAUGAAACGCGAAGACGUCGACGUGUGUCGAAUUUUUUUACCUUUAGGUGGCAAACCUGUAGAUCUCACCACAAAAAAAUGGAUCAACUACAAUUGGAAAGAUAACUUGAUGAGGAAUAUAGCCACUGGUCAUGGCGCCGUCGUCACGUUCAAUUUGAUUUGA